UUUAUUCAGUGUGUGAAAUGCUUGAAUUUUAGUAAGAGUUGGAUGGCUUGAAAGUUUGAAUGCUUGGACAAUUCCUCUGCACUUUCGUUUUUCUUUUCAUAAUUUCCAUUGUUUUUCCGUUCUGCUUCUAGUACGAUUAAUAUCUCUGCAGCUUCUUUCUUGAUCUGGAGGUAGAAGUCAACUCAAAAGCGCGAUGAACUGAAGAAAAAUUCCAGCUCAAAAGCGAAAGUCUGUGCUGCCACUCCCACCUAGAUCUCAUCCUGGAACUCAAAAGCACGUUCUGCUUUUAGUACGAUUGCCAAAACAUGAUAUAGCUAUAAGCUCUACCACUUCUUUCUAGAUCUCAUCCUGAGGUCUUCAUAAUCAUACCAUUAUUUCUUUCUUAAUAUUUGCUGAUAAGGCGAUUAAUAUCUCUGCAGCUUCUUUCUUGAUCUGGAGGUUUGCAGGUUUUGGAUAGGGAUAUGGAUUCUUCUUCUUCUCUUCCUUUUCCUGCUCCCCUUCAAGAAAAGUACGAUGUGUUUCUUAUUUUCAGAGGUGAGGACACACGCGAUGCUUUUACCAGCCAUCUACACGCGGCUUUACUUGGGAAGAACAUUGACACAUACAUAGAUAACAGACUUGAGAAAGGAGACGACAUUGGACCUACCCUUCUAGAAGCAGUCGAGAAAUCGAAACUUGCACUAGUCAUUUUCUCAAAAGACUAUGCUUCUUCCACAUGGUGUUUGAAAGAACUUGUGCAUAUACUUGGAUGCAAGAAAAGCCAUGGACAGGUUGUUAUACCCAUUUUUUAUCGCAUAGAUCCAUCGGAUGUACGAAAACAGCAGGGAACUUAUGCACUUGAAGAUCGUCCACUUAAGCGCAGUAGGGAUGAGGUGGCCAACUGGAGGGCUGCUUUGGAGGAAGCAGCCAAUAUGUCUGGGUUUCAUUAUUCCAGCAAAACAGGGACAGAGGCCGAUUUUGUUGAGAAAGUUGCUCAAGUUGUUUUGACCAAAUUGAAUCGCGAAUCGUCAAGUGAUUUAAAGGGUCUGGUUGGGAUUGAAAAGAAAAUUGGGAAAAUUGAGUCGUUAUUAUGCUUGGGUUCACCAGGUGUUUGCUGUGUAGGUAUUUGGGGCAUGGGUGGUAUUGGCAAGACCACCCUUGCUGAUGCUGUAUUUCACAGGCACUCAUCUAAAUUUGAAGUUUGUUGUUUUCUUGCAAAUGUGAGGGAGAAAUCAGAAAAAAUGGAUGGACUAAAUGACUUGCGAAAUACACUUGUUCGUGAAUUAUUAAAGGAUGAACGUGUAAAUAUCAACACUCUGUCUAUACCACGUCAUAUCCAAGAUAGGCUCAGGCGUACGAAGGCGCUCAUUGUUCUUGAUGAUGUGAAUGCUCGAAAACAACUAGAAUAUCUUGUUGGUGAUGAUGAUCGGUUUUGCCAAGGAAGUCGAAUCAUUAUAACUUCUAGAGAUCAAGGCCUACUUGAGCAAAGAGUUGACCGUGAAAGGAUAUACAAUGUUGAGGGAUUAUGUUCUGAUGAAGGUCUUGAGCUCUUUCACUCGCAUGCUUUUGGAAAUAAGUCUCCGACAACAGAUUACACUGAGUUGUCAAGAGAGGUGGUGGAUUAUAUUAAGGGCAUUCCAUUAGCUCUUAAAGUUAUGGGGUCCUCAUUCCAUCGUUGCAAGAGCAAACGAGAGUGGGAAGUUCAAUGGAAAAAAGUGAAACGAGUUCCAAUCGGAGAAAUCCAGGAAGUGUUGAGAGUAAGUUACGAUGGAUUAGAUGACAAUGCGAAGGAGAUAUUUCUUGAUAUAGCAUGUUUUCAUAAAGGCUAUAUGAGGAAUGAUGUAGAAAGAAUGUUAGAUAGUUGUGAUUUCUUUGGGGAAACAGGAAUCAAUGAUCUUAUUGAUAGGUCUCUCAUAUCAAUUUCCAAAUGGAACAGCAUAGAGAUGCAUGAUUUGGUGGAAGAAAUGGGUAAGGCAAUUGCUCAAGAACAAGGCAGUAGGUUAUUCAUGGCAAAGGAUGUCAAUCAAUUAUUGGCAAAUAACCAGAGCGAUGGACAUGUUCAAGCCAUAUCCAUUCAUUUGCUUGAGAUGGAAUAUGCAAACUUCGAAAAGAUGCGUGAACUGAGAUGGCUACGUGGUGAUUAUGUUUGGCACCCAUAUUCUCUUCCCGAUUCAUUAAUUGGUUCUCUAGGUCUUCCCAAUUCUCUUAGAUAUCUUCGCUGGGUCAACUAUCAUUUGAAAUCUUUGCCAUCAAAAUUUUCUGCUCAAAAUCUUGUUGUCCUUGAAAUGCCGUACAGCCAAGUUGAGGGGCAACUUUGGAAUGAAGACCAGAGUCCUGUGAACUUGAAAUGGAUCAAUCUUAAUGACUGCAGGCAUCUAACUAAAGUCCCAAAUCUCUCUCGGAGUCUACAAAUUGAACAUAUAGAUCUGAAACAGUGUGGAAGGUUGGUUGAAAUUCCUUCGUAUUUUCAACAUCUUGGCAAGCUUACUUAUCUUGACCUUCGGAGGUGCAGAAAUCUCAAAAAUCUUCCCGAGAUGCCAUGCAAUCUUGAAUUCUUAGAUUUGUUUUUAACAGCAAUAGAGGAAUUGCCUUCAUCAGUUUGGUCUCACAAAAAAAUAUCUCACUUAGAUAUUACAUAUUGUAAACAUCUUAAGAGUCUUCCAAGCAACACUUGUAAGCUGAAACCCUCUCUUAGUCUAGAAGGCUGCGAAUCUCUUUGCGAGUUUUGGGAGCUUCCCAGGAAUACAACAGAGCUAGCGUUGACUCGUUCAACAAUAAAAGAAUUGAGGAUUAAUGCAUCAAUAGAGUCUGCCGUUGGUCUCACUGCAAUUCAACUAAUCAAUUGCGAAAGUCUUGUGAGUCUCCCAACGAACAUUUGGAAGUUGAAAUCUCUAAGGAGCCUUGAUCUCCAGGAUUGUUCUAACUUUCAAAACUUCCCAGAAAUCUCGAAGCCUAUAGAACAUCUGGAGUUUCUAGAUUUAUCACGUACAGCGGUUAAAGAGCUACCCCCAUCAAUUGGAAAUCUAGUUGCACUUCGAGAAUUAAAACUCCAAUACUGCAAGAACCUUGAGGUUGUCCCCGAUGAGCUCUUUUGCUUAACCUCAUUACAAGUGUUAGAUUUGAGUUGCUCCAAAAUUAAGAGCUUACCUGCAAGCGUCAAACAAGCUGCUCAAUUGUCGCGCCUGUUCCUCUAUAGUUGCAAGAGCCUUGAAUCUUUACCAGAGCUCCCCCCAUUGCUUCAACAUCUUGAAGCAGAAGGUUGCACGUCACUGAAGACAGUGUCAAGUUCAAGCACUGCACUCGCACAAGGUUGGGAAAAAUAUAAAUUUUCUCGAGGGCUUCAUGAGCAACAUAUAUUUUUUGAAUGCCCAGAGUUGGAUGAGAACGCACGAAGCAACAUAAUGGCUGAUGCACAGCUCAGAAUUAUGCGAAUGGCAACUGCUUUGUCAAAGUUUAAAGAAGACAAAAUUGAAAAAACAUCAUAUAAUUCAAAUGAGGAAUCUUUACGCAAGAGAUCUUUUGUUGGCAUUAGAUGUUGUGGGAAUGAAAUUCCAAAUUGGUUCAGCCAUAAAAGUGAGGGAUGUUCAAUAAAGAUUGAGCUUCCUCGUGAUUGGUUUAGCACAGAUUUCUUGGGUUUCGCUCUAUCUCUUGUUGUUCACUUUGCUCCAUGGUAUAUGGAGAUUGGAUGCAAGUACACCUUCAAAACUAGUAAUGGUGAAAGCCAUGAAGUCAACCAUCCUCAGUGUAAUCCGUUCUAUUUUGGAAGGAGGAUGGAUUCACCUGAGGUGUUGGUGUGGUGGUUUAGUAGUGUCUUUGAAGAAGUUGUAAAGGGAGCUCAAAGCCCCACCGCGUUUUACAAACUUGUUACUGAGGUCAAUCUUGACUUCACUUUAAUGUACACUUUUCAUCCCUUUCAGGUUUCGGUGGAAAAGUGUGGGAUAUGUUUGUUGUAUGGCAGAGAUGCUGAGAUGAUAAAGCAGAGGGCUUUGUAGAUCAAGCCGAUAUCCCUAAUUCAAAAUUUCAUUUUAUUUGAGCUGUUUGCAAGACUUGUGGCUGAGGAUGCUUUUGAGUUUGUUAGGUUUAGGGAUGUCUUUCUUGUUUUAACCCAUCUUCAUUGAAUUCAAGUAUUAAAUUGUUAAUAGUGUCAUUUUAGUAAUUUUGAGACUCUGGGCAUAAAUGAGUAGAUAUUUUUGGAAACUCAUAUCUAUAAUAAGGUUAAAUACAUUGGGCCUCUUGGUCAU